UCGGCCCAUACGUCACGGGAUCACUCUCGAGGCUGGCGCCGUCCCUCCGCGUGGAUGUAUCUACCGCAUGAGCGAAGAGGAACUUGAGGUGCUUCGCGCACAACUCGAUGAUCUUCUGGACAAGGGUUGGAUUCGCCCUAGUUGUUCCCCUUACGGUGCACCUGUUCUCUUCGUCCGGAAGAAGAACAAAGAUCUACGGUUAUGCAUCGACUAUCACAAACUUAACGCACAAACCGUAAAGAACGCCGACCCUCUCCCUCGGAUUGAUGAUCUCCUUGAGCGGUUAGGCGGCGCAACGUACUUCUCGAAGUUGGACUUGAAGUCAGGUUACCACCAGAUUGAAAUCCAGCCUCAAGAUCGGUACAAGACCGCAUUCAAGACGCGGUACGGGCAUUUUGAGUGGGUUGUCAUGCCCUUUGGCCUCACCAAUGCCCCCGGAACUUUUCAAGCAGCUAUGACGACUGAGUUCCGCGACUUGCUCGAUCGCAGCGUCCUCAUCUACCUCGAUGAUAUGUUGGUCUAUAGUAGGACGUUGGACGAGCACAUCAUACACCUUCGCGCUGUUUUGAAUCGUUUGCGACUGGCCAAGUACAAAGCGAACUGCGACAAGUGCGAGUUCGCCAAGCAAGAACUUGAGUAUUUGGGCCACUAUGUUACGUCGAAAGGCAUUCGUCCCUUAGUGGACAAGAUCCAAGCCAUCGUGGAUUGGCCGGAACCCCGUUGUACGACGGACGUACGCUCUUUCAUGGGAUUGGCUGGAUAUUAUCAGCGAUUCGUCGAGUUAUACUCGAAAGUGGUUGCUCCUUUGUCGAGACUUCAGUCCUCGAAGGUGCCUUUCGAGUUCGACGACGCAGCCCGUGGCGCGUUCACUAUGUUGAAGAUAGCGAUGCAAGCUGCACCUGCCCUCCGUAUAUAUGACCCCACCCUUCCCACCCAAGUGACUACGGACGCUUCGGGAUACGGUAUUGGUGCGCUGUUGGAACAGUGUCACGAGGACGGUUGGCAUCCGGUCGAGUAUUUCUCCCAAAAGGUGCCUCUCGUCAACACUCUCGACGACGCUAGGAAGAAAGAGCUACUCGCGUUCGUCACCGUUCUCAAACGGUGGCGCCACUUUCUUCUCGGGCGUCGGCGUUUUAAAUGGAAUACGGACAACAAUCCGUUGACCUUUUACAAAACGCGGGACACGGUCACUAGCACGAUCGGUCGAUGGAUGUAUUACAUCUACCAGUUCGAUUUUGAUCCGUGCCACAUUCCCGGUCCCGCCAAUCRAGCUGCGGACGCCCUCUCACGACAACCCGACUUUUGUGCCAUUGUGACCACGGCAUUCGACCUCGAUGACGAUUUGCAGCCGCAUUUCGUCAAAGGCUACAAGUCCGAUCCGACUUACGCUACGCUUUACGCAGAGCUGUCAUCGGAUCACCGGCCGGCUAGCCAUUAUCGGAUYUCCGACGGGUUCCUUCUCCUUCACACGAGAGGAAAGGACUUGUUAGUUGUGCCCCAAGAUCGYAUCUUACGGACUCGUCUUCUCGGCGAAUUCCACGACGCACAACUUUCGGCACACCUUGGCGUGAACCGCACAUUAGCACGCCUCCGCCAGCGUUUUCACUGGCCCGACGUCCUCCAUGACUUACGAGCUCCCUUUUCUUUAAAGCAGCUGGCACAUUUCUUUCGGGCUAGGCUACGAGGAGUUCCUGAGGAAGAAGAGAACUGCAGAGGACUCAGAGUCCUCGUUCUGGAUGAGAACCGACACAACCUGUCCAGCGUGUGAAUGAGAUGAUUCUGACUGCCACAGGAAGGUGUUGUGUGAUGUCUGAAGGAGAAAAAGAGAGGGUGGGAGGUGUUGUGUUUGUGUCCUGUGGGAGAGGAAAAGGGUGUUGAAAGCUGUGACUCCAUCCGCCUUGUACCUGCCUGUAUAGAAGUAAACUAUAUAAAGGAGAGUGUUUGACAGUGUAGCCACCAGUGUUUCUAUUUAGAUUCCGACCACUACCUUUCUGUUCGCGUGCAGGUCCUUGUUUCUUCAUGAUCCCCCUUGCAGCCAGGAAGUCUCUUACUUCCUGGUAUGUUUUCAUCACAUCGAAAGAUCGAUGCCAAUGCAGGCCAUGGAUGUUUUUCUAUCGAUGUACUCUGCGCACAUUUCAGAAACUCGGCUAUGUCCUUCUGCAUCACCUCGUCACGACGUUGACUACCGCACAACCGAGAUUUUCUUCACGACAUCUCUUUUCCGAAUGACUUCACAACUCUUUUGUGUAUUUUUGGAGGAACAUUGCGACUUGCAAGGCAUGUAAUAUAAAAUGAACGUAAACAUAAUGC